UUGUUUCCUCUAAACUGCAAUGCUUGUGAAAAUGAAGAAUUAAUUGUGAAAAGAAAUAAAUUGAAGCCAAAAAAGUUAUAAAAGUUUACGUCGAUUUCAGAACAUCAUAGUUAAUGAGGUCAUGAUUAGCUUUAAAAUAUUUUUUUAAACAAUAUAAACGAUGCAAGUGCGCUUUAAAUUGUUAAGUUAAUAACAAUUUAUUUUCUUGAAAACAGUGGAGGAAGUUAAAAGUGGAGAUAUGAACUUAAUUUUCCGAUUAAUGGCUAUAAUAUUUAAAACUGAACUCUCGUAUCAAGAGUAAAUAAUUUACGCACUUUAAAGUGCAAUCCAAAUAAUCUACAAAUAAAAAUGAAAAUCCAUUGGGAUCAGAAUCGAUAAAAAUAAUAGACUACAGUGAAAAUGUUCAAUAGAAAUGUAUGAAAAUUUAACAUUCAAAGGAAAAAUUUGAAUACCCAAAAUUCAUUAUCGAAAUCUUUGAAAUAAUAUUAAAAAAUAAUCAUUUUUUCACAAUCAGUUAAAGAUGAUGAAAAAUUUAACUUUCUUCUCAAAAAUUCAGUGCAAAUUAAGUGAUUGCACACAACAAAAAAUGAUGACGGAUAAAAAAACACUAGAAAAGACUUGGAAAUUGAUGGACAAAGUGGUUAAAUUGUGUCAACAAAGCAAAAUGAACUUGAAAAAUAGUCCACCUUUUAUUCUGGAUAUUCUACCGGAUACCUAUCAGAGACUGCACCUUAUCUAUUCAAAAUAUGAAGAAAUCGGCAUGCAUGUUCUUCACGCCAAUGAACAUUUUAAUAUUUUCAUUAACAAUUUAAUGCGAAAAUGUAAACAGGCCAUAAAACUUUUCAAAGAAGGAAAAAUGUUGAUGUUUGAUGAAAACUCGCAUUAUCGUAGGAAUCUUACAAAACUUAGUCUUGUGUUCUCUCAUAUGCUUAGUGAAUUAAAAGCCAUUUUCCCAAAUGGAGUAUUUGCUGGUGAUCAAUUUCGCAUUACGAAGUCUGAUGCGGCAGAAUUCUGGAAAAGUCGUUUCGGAAAUAAUACACUUGUGCCAUGGAAGCUGUUUCGUGCAGAACUAUCGCAAGUUCAUCCAAUAUCAUCUGGUCUAGAGGCUAUGGCUCUAAAAACUACUAUCGACUUGACAUGCAAUGAUUAUAUUUCGAAUUUCGAGUUCGAUGUUUUUACUAGACUGUUUCAACCUUGGGGUACAUUACUACGUAAUUGGCAAAUAUUAGCGGUUACUCAUCCGGCUUACGUUGCAUUUCUCACAUACGAUGAAGUCAAAGCUAGAUUACAAAAAUAUAUUAAUAAAGCUGGUAGUUAUGUAUUUAGAUUAUCAUGUACAAGAUUAGGACAGUGGGCAAUAGGCUAUGUCACAGCUGACGGUGAAAUUCUUCAAACAAUUCCUCAAAACAAGUCGUUAUGUCAAGCUUUGCUUGAUGGCUACAGAGAGGGAUUUUAUUUGUACCCUGAUGGACGUCCACAUAACCCCGAUUUGUCAUUUGCAGUUCAAAGUCCCCUUGAAGAUCACAUAACUGUAACGCAAGAGCAGUAUGAACUCUACUGUGAAAUGGGAAGCACCUUCCAAUUAUGUAAAAUAUGUGCUGAAAAUGACAAGGAUAUACGUAUUGAACCUUGUGGACAUUUGCUGUGCACUCCAUGUCUCACAGCAUGGCAAGUUGAUUCUGAGGGACAGGGCUGCCCGUUUUGUAGAGCUGAAAUUAAAGGAACUGAACAAAUUGUGGUUGAUGCGUUUGAUCCAAAACGACAACACAAUAGAAAUGCAAUAAUAAAUAGACAGAAAGAUGAUGAUCAUGAUGACGAGAAUGAGGAAGGUGAUUUUAAUCUUGCGGAGUCUUCUAUACAAGCACUAAGCAACAGUUUCACUCUUACCAGAGGUGAAAAAAUGCAUAGCCCCCACACAUCGCCAAAACCAACACGAAAACCUACAACGUCUCAAGAAAAAGAACAAGUGGGAUCUUCAACAAAACCACAUUUUGGUUCUUAUAGCAAUAAUGGAAAAAGUCAAAAAUCAAUAGCAACAGCAAGUUCAACUUCUUCAAGUGGAAAUUCAUUUUCUUCAUCUUCUUCCUCUUCUUCAUGCUCUGUUAGUUCAAUCAGUAAAGCUCCUUUAAUUGACUUGAAUCCAAAUGAAAAUCAACCUUCAAAAAAUGUUCAUAGCUCAUUUAAAAAUCAAGAAUUAGCCCCACCAAUUCCUCCGAGAAAAUCAGCAGUAAUUCAGGGAACUUCAAAGCCUCAACCGAUGCUACCAUCGAUUAGUAAUUCAGAAAAUUUAUUGAAGGAUGAAAUCAAAUUAGAUGAAAGAAAAUUAGCGAAAAAAGAAAGUUUUGAAGAUGAAGAUGAAGAUCCAAUUUGUGGACCAGCCGAAACGAUUACAGGUAUUAUUGAUACAAGACCCUUGGAACAACGAACAAACUACAUUAGCUUUGCUUCGUUAACAAAUAAUGUCACCAGUAAUUUUAAUUUCAUAACUAUCAACGAUUCGUCAUGUUCAGCGAAAGAAACUAGUGACAACAAUACAAACUCUAAUGCAUAUCUUCUUAGGAACAACCAUGUGAAUAAUAAUAAUUCUAGCAAUACAAAUGGGAUGAAGCCUCAAUGUUCAUCUUUAGCUUCGAAUGAAGGAAAUUCUAAUAUGAAAAUUCCUUCAAGUUCGUCAAUUAAUAAAGCAGCAGAAAAUAAUUUAUCCCUUUUAAAAUCUGAUUCUCUAUGUGCUACAAAUAUCCAACUGUAUGAGAAUGUCAGAUUAAAGUCAACUGGUAAUUUGUUUACAUUAAAUAAUAUAAAUAAUAACAGCAGUUGCAAUGUUAAUGUUCCGUAUGAAAAUAUAAAUUUAGAAUACAUAAAUCGACUCAUGAAGGAAGGAUAUUCGAAAGAAAAUGUUGUCGCUGCAUUGGGAAUAUCUCGAAAUAACUUUGAGAUGGCGUGUGAUAUUUUACAUGAGUUUGUUAGCACAAAUCCACAAGUUCAAACUGAUAAAGUUUAUGAAAAUAAACAAUGAGUUGAAAAGAUUUCGAAUGAAUGCUAACAAAUAGAUUUUUAUUGUUUUUAAAUUGCAAAACGAAAUCUCUUUUAUAUUUAAAAUGAAAACAUAAAUUUUGCCAAAUUGUUUUUAAAAGACUUCUAAAAAUCAAAAUUCGUAAUCUGGAGAAUAUUUGAAAAAUUUUAAUAAAAUCUAUUUGAAUAUAAUUGAUUUUUCUACGUUAGAGUUAUUUGCCGAAUUUGAGUAGUGUUCAUUUGUGGGCAUAUCUAAUUUGGAGACCUGUUUUUGGGACUUUUCAUUCCUUUUAAUUUAUUUUCAACAAAACAAAAG